UUAUACGCAAGCGACGUCGCCGAUGAGCCGCCGUCGGGGACUCCUUGAAGGAGCACGCGACCAGGACGUUUCGGCAAGGAGGAAGAGGAGGCCACGAGACCCGACCUGAGAGAGAACCUGGAGAGGGAAAGGAGGGACUCGCGUUUUUCUGCUCGAAGACCCCGCGUGUUACGAACCAUGUGCGUCCCGGUGUGAUCCGGCAGGCCUGGACUGUAUCCGAAGCGUUAGUGUCGCUGUCGCGACGAACUGUGUUGUUUACUACGCAACUUUGUAUUUUGACUGCGCUACUUCGAUUUGAUUUCGUGCGAGCGCGCAUAAACAGUCGGCCUCGCUUGUGACGUUAGCGACGGAUUCUGCAACCAUCCACACCAACGCUGUCCAACUUCGCCCCACCGCGCAGGAGUGAAUGACGGCUAUCAACAAGCUAUCGCCAGCAAGAACGGGAGAGGGAGCGAGAACACACAAGAACAAGCCAGGCUCGCAGCACCCGUAAACACUAAGGAAACUACACGAAAACUACGAAGACGAAGAACUACAACCGCACCACAACACACAGAGAGCGACAACGCGAGCACACACAAGUCAACUGGGAGACAGGGAGGGAGCCAAGAUGUGCCGCACUCGAUCCGCCCGGAGCCACAGAGGCCACUCGUGACCGCCAUGUAGUCAGCGCCGCAGUGGCCACAGCCAUCCGAGCGGAGAGCGCGCGCCGCACUCCAAACCGACACGCGACCGCUAGAGGGUCGUCGCUGGGUCGUGUCGUCCGCAAAGCAAGCACACCAUAACCGCGAGAAGGCGUACCGAGAUCGAAACAACGACGACAAGGGACUGCGAAGGCCCGCCAGUCGCAGCCGCCGCGCCUUGCAACCCAUGAACCUUGACUGCUACCCGGCCGACGGGACGGCGGGAAUGUCCCCACCGCCGAGAGACGUGUCGCCACCGGCCGCGCCCUGCCACGCCGACGUCGCCGGCGGGUCCGGCGACGAGGACCCGCUCGCCUACCAGACAGACCCGGGCCGAACAGGGGCCGACGAGCCGCGCGCCAAGAAGCGGCGCAAGCAAAGCAACCCCGUCCGCUACCACACGUCGCCCAUGGUCCUUCCGGAGGGCCCCGAUGACCUGGCCGUCACCGCGGCAACGGACCCAGUCGGGACGCCCACCGACGACGAGGAAUGUGUCGAAGACGUCCCGCCCUCGGCAACGAGCCCCGCGGCACGGAGCGAUGACACGGUCGUCGACGCGGGCGUCCUCAACCUCGAGACUAGCAAGCGUCGCCGCAGGGACGACUUCAAUGGAGAGCCCCCGGAAGCGGCGUCGGGACCGCUGCGUUGCCACCACUGCAACGCCGGCUUCGCAACCGACGACCAGCUUCGGCUACACAUCGAGGAAGAGCACGUGCAGAAGCUCCUCGAGAAGCAACUCCAGCAGCAGGCGAGCUACAACCGAGCGUUCGCCGCUGCCGCGGCCGCGGCCGCCGCCGCCGCUGGGGACAAGAACUCUGGCUCGACAAGCUCGCUGGAGAUGCAGAACCCGCCGCCGUUCCUGGACCGGAAGCCGACGGUCAGCGAGACAGCAGAGUUCGCCAAGAAUCACCCGUUCCCGUUCCCAGCGAUGCCGCCCCUCAUCCCGAUCUCACAGAGCGGCAACGAAGUCAAGCCUGGCAGCCUGCCUGUUCCUCUCGGCAUGUUCCCGAACCCAAUGGCGCCGUUCCUGUUUCCCGUGCUUCAGCAGCAGGGCCAGAACGCGUCGACGCCCAUUCCGAACGGGAGUUCGGCGCCCUCAGGCAAUAUGCGCAUAUUCAACCCGGAAGCCUUCUGCGAGCUGUGCAACAAAGAAUUCUGCAACAAGUACUUCCUCAAGACUCACAAGGCGAACAAGCACGGCAUCUACUCGGUCGAGUCCCUGGUCAGCUCCCCGUACGCACCGGGUUUCUUUCCGCCGGGAUUGAGUGGGACACCGUCCAUGCAAUUGAUGCUACAGGGGCCCAUGUCCGAUCCGAGCAUGGCCGGCCGCCAAGGUAUCAUCAAUAUGGAGUCUUUCUGCGAGAUAUGCCAGAAGGAGUUUUGUAACAAAUAUUUCCUGAAGAAGCACAAGCAGAAAAUCCACGGCAUUGUGGACCCGGCUACUCAGCAGCAGCAGCAACAACAACCUCAUCAACAACAACCACAUCAACAGCAGCAGCAGCAGCCACAGCAGAGCAGUUCCACUGAUAACAUUACCGAGCGAAAGACGAGUACGUCACCGACGGGUGUGACUUCCACCGACCCGACGGGUGCGACAGCGGGCCCUGGUAACGACAAGAACGGUGGCCCGAUGCCUCCUGAGCAGCAGCAGCAACAGCAGCCGCCUUCCGACCCGUUCCGCAUGGACUUCUCGAGCCUCUAUCCGGGCGUCAACGGUCGCUUCAGCAUGCCGAGUCUCACGCCACCAACGGGAACAAUGGUGACGUCGGCGUCCAGCAACUCGCCUAUCGUCAGUUCCUCCGUUGGCGGAGACCCGAAGUCGCUUCCGGCGUUCUUCAACCAGAACUCUUCUUCAAGCACCGAGAGCGGUUCCACCACCGUGUUCACGCCGGAGAAGCUUCGAGAGAUGGGCGUCAUCAACGCGGAGGCAUUCUGCGAGAUUUGCUGCAAGGAGUUCUGCAACAAAUACUUCCUCCGCACCCACAAGCAGAACAAGCACGGCAUCCCGGCAACGGACGCGCCAAAGGGGAACCCGCCACUGGGCCCGCCGCUUCAUCAGCACUCCAUGUCUCAUCACCUGAUGCCUCCGGCAGUUUCUAUGGCACCGCCCAGUGGCGCCGCCGCAAGCAUGUCGACUCCUCAAGAUACGCCCGAGAACUUGACGACUCCCUCAAGAACAGCGGGAGGCGGGACCAGUCCGGAAUCCGCAGUUUUAAAGUCCACCUUCGCCAGCGAGUUCGAGCCGACAGCGGACCUGACCUGCGAGAUCUGUAACAGGCCCUUCUCCAGCCAGUACCUGCUGAAGAUGCACAAGUUCUACACCCACAAUGUUCCGUACGUGAAGGAGGAGGACGAUGAGUCCAAGCCGCCGUCGCCCAUGAGUGGCGGCAGCAACAUCCAGAGCAGGGCUAUGUGUCCCAUGCCGCGCGAUGACGCCAUGCGGUUGGGCAGGCCGCCGGAAGCUUCCGGAGGUGGCGCUCCUUCUUGCCAUACGGAGGACGCGGCGAGCCAGGACUUGCAGAAGCUGCAGAGCAUGAUACGUGACCUGACGGCCUCGAUCGCCAACGAGAACAAGGUCGUCUGCAACGUGUGCCGCACCGAGUUCGACAACAAGUACUUCCUACGGGCGCACAUGAUGAACGAACACGGCGUUCUCCUCAACGAGGACGGCAGCAGUCUGGCCCCGGGCUCCUCAUCGCCCGCGAGCGCCUCCGCGACGCAGCAGCAAAGGGGCCCCGGAGACCUUCCGCCGCCGCCGUUCUCGGCGGUCGCCUUUCCGUCGCCCGUGUUCGACUCGGAGGCUUUCUGCGAGAUAUGCCAGAAGGAGUUCUGCAGCAAGUAUUUCCUCAAGACCCACAAGCAAAACAUCCACGGCAUCAACAUGGACUGCGACGUGGCUUCGGCUGCGAAGAAGGACGACGCCGGCCAAGCCAAAAACGCAGCCAGCAAGGUCACUGGGCCGUUGGUUCCCGUGCCGCCACCGCCGCUCUUGUCCAUGGCGAUGCCAUCGGUGCCGACGCCCGACAAGGCCAGGAGCUCGGUGACGGGGCGCAACUACUGCAACAUCUGCAAUAAGGAGCUGUGCAACAAGUACUUCAUGAAGACCCACAUGUUGAAGAUGCACGGCAUAAACCUAGACGAACACCCUGCAGAGGCGGCCCGCAACAGCGUGAUCGGCGGCGUCACCUGUGAAAUUUGCCAGAAGGAGCUGUGCAGCAAGUAUUUCCUCAAGGUUCACAAGCAGAACACGCACGGCAUCAUCGAGGACCCGGCCAAGGAGAACUCUAACCACAGCUCAGCGGGAGGCAGCAGUGCGGACAGGGGGGAGCUGCCAACCUCCUUCCAGCCUGGCGAAGUCAGCGACGGCGGCAACCGAAGCUUCAACCACUACACAGAGGUGUGCCCGCUGUGUGACAGGCGCUUCAAGAGCAUCAAGUGGCUCAAGACGCAUAUGGUGAACGACCACAGCGACAUGCUCAAGGAGAACGUAUACAGCCGCAUGGACAGCGUUCCUCCGGGCGCAGCGAAGCUGUGCAUCAUUUGCGGACAGGGCUUCCCGGACAAGGUGGCCCUUCAGAUUCACCUCAUCAAAGACCACCGCACCACGAGCGAGGAGCUGGGCCUGAUGAACUCCUCGCCGGCAUCCGCUGCCUCGGACUCCCUGGCUGCCGUGGCCCAAGACACGGUGAAGCUGAACGGCGCCGCUCCGCCGCACCCUGCCGACAGGGCCGCGCACCUCUUCAAGCGGCCCGGCCUUGCGUCCACGCUGGGCGGCAGCGGCAGCACCCGCAUUUACCACUGCUCCUACUGCGUCUAUUCUACGCGAUGGCUUUCCAACCUCUACGCGCACGAAAAGAGGCACACGGGAGUCAAUCUGGAAGGCGAGAAGCGCUUCGUAUGCCGCAUCUGCCACCGAGCCUACCGUUACAACCACUCGCUGCAGCGUCACCUCCUCAACCACCGCGCAGCGGGUCUCGCCUCGGCCAGCCUCGCCAGUGCCGCCGCCUCGGUCCGACUGCCCAAGACGGCCCAGGAGCAGCCCCAAGACCUGUCCUCGGCGGAUCCCGCCAGAGCGUCCUCAGCGGCGCUUCCCGCCUCGCAGCAGCCGUCCAAGCUGAAGCGCUACCGCUGCAGCAAGUGCAACCGAAAGUUCCGAUCGCGGGAGCUCUGCCUCAACCACAUCUACACGGCGCACGACGCCAAGAGGCCGAUCAAGAGCGGACGGCCGUUUCGCUGUCGCGUCUGCGGCUUCGCCACCAGGGCGUGGAACAUCCUCAAGAUACAUAUCAUGAAGCAGCACCAGGAGGAGGCGGCCGAAGAGAAGAGCGUCGGCAGCCAGCCGGACGUCUCGGUUCCCGCCGCGGCGAGCACGACCGACGACGAAGGCAAGCCCACUAGGACGCCGACGCCCACCAAGACGGCGGGCCAGCUGCCCAUGACGUACGCCAUGCCGCAGAGCCCGCCCUCGGCCGGCACCUUCAUCAUGCAACCGUUCCUAAUAGCGCAGCCCGAGUCGGAGGACGCCAAGAACGACACGUUCGUGCCGUCGCUCGUAUACCUGCCCGUCUGCCAGAAGGUGUCCCAACCCAUGACCGUGGCAUUCACGCUGACGCCCGCUUGAGCCGGGCCCGCCAUGCGGCAAGGCAAGCCCCCGAAGACUUGUAACCCUCCUCCCGCAACGACGAGGGGAAGCACGGCACGCGGACACCCCAAGAGACGUCAUCGCAGCAGUGUCGCUCCUUCGCGGCGAGGGUGCGCGCGUGUCGGCCACAAGCUCUUCGACGCGAUGCCUCGCGACGGGUCCACGAGUCACACACAACACAAAAGACACAGACAGACAAGACACACGCCGCCCGGAAGACUGCCCCGCAGCAUCCGCGAAAGAAAUACAUCGGAGAUGCAGCCACGUAUUGGUGUACCCGACGCAAGACGACGACGGUAGCGCGCCGUUCGCGCGCUAGUUCCCUCCCUCCUUUGAAGAUACGUGCAAUUUCCGUCGCCUCCUAGACAAGGCCUCGCGUCGUCGCUCUCCACGAAGUAACGAAAAACAAAGAAAGGGAAAGCAGCAGCAAGCCUGGCAGGCACCGACCUCAGGUCCUCCCAACGUCUCGCUUGGGAGGGCCGAGCACAGCAUAUCAGCUACACCUGCAGCAACAGCAGCCACAAAAGCAAGUGAUCCGCAGCGGCAGCACCACACUACCGCUGCCAGCGCCUUCGUCGCAGUUCCCCGUGUGUGUGCGCGCUCUACGUGAACUUUUUCGUCCCCCAUCCCCCACUACGCGGGUGAGCAGUUCGCAGCCUCUACAAGACGGAAGAAGACUGGCCUUCGCGCCUUCGGCCGCACCCCGCCGACAGGGAUGCAAGAUUAAACUACAACAACGGGGUCGUCCGGCCGGUGACGCGUCGGACCUCCUUCUUCGCUGCAAACAGUGUGGGACACUUCCCGUGUCUGCGUGUUCCGUUAUUAUUAUUUUUUUCGGAACUAUACUACUACUGCUUCCGCGGUACUCGCUGCGCCAGUUCCGCCACUUCGGGAGGUGUGUGUGUGUGUUUUUGUGUGUGCCUCCGGAAAAGGUGUUUCACACUUCGGAGGUGCCCGGACGUUCUUACUGCAGUGCGUCUGUGCGAUCCACCGCGUGUCCGUACGUAGCCGUCUCGCUCCUACAAAGAAGACGCCCCUUGGUUCUUCGUCGACAUUCGAGUGAGUCUUCGCGACCAGAGUGUACAAAACGGACCGUCGACGAAAUGAUGGCCGGGCAUCGGAGCGUUAUCAUCUUGUGUACAACAACACCAGAGACGGUCGCCGCCCCCCUGCACCUCAGAGCCUGCCAGCCAGCCUUUCUUCAUCCGAGAGUGCGCCGUCGUUCCACAGUGCCACGUUGUCAACGCGGGCCCCCGUCUCCGACGACAAAGCCGGCCGGCCUGUACGUCAACUCCUAAAGACGACCAGGGAUUAAUCGGCGCACCCGUUUGAUUUUAGUUUCCUUUUCUGUUCUCUGUUCUUGUCCUCGUACCUUGAACCCUUCCUCGCAAUGUCUCCUUGUGCGUCGGAUGUGCUUGCGGCGACAUUGACAAGGUCAGUCAGUCUCUGCCCGUUCCAUCACUCGUCGAGUGAAGUUCGCAUGUCUUAUGCUGUGGUACUACGUUCUUGUGGGUGACCGCAAAGAUGGUAUAUCGCUGCGUUGUGCAAGUGCCCGGUCCGGGCCUUUCUUCCGUUUCGGAAUGCAUCGAUCAGCGGCGCCACUCCGAGGUUCCAAAAAGCGGCUCGUAGUUUGACGCGUCUUGUGACUGGUACGAUACAGGUGGUAUCGUGUCAAUCCCAAUGUGUCACUACGAUGCGAGGCGCAAUCGUACCGAGAUUUUUUUUCACCACCUUGAAGUGUGAAGGGGAACAAAUUCAGCAAUUCAAAUUUGGUAACGCAGGUCACAGAAAAAACAAAAAACAAAAGCAGAUUCACUAAGGUUAUUGUUAAGAAAUGAUCGUCUUACGCAUUGCUCUGCAAAAUUUACCAGAUCGCCAGCGCACCGCACUGGCUGCUUGAAAAUUCAGGUGACUGUGUUAACUCUAACGCAUAGCACCACACAGUCACUAGGUACAAGCAUUUUUGGAACCUCGGAUUCGCGUACGCUGAAAGGUGAAAGGUCAUCCAGAGUGUAUUGCAAAAAUAUAAAAGCCGAGUGAAGACACGUGCGAGUGAAUGCGCUGCAUGAGUCGACGUGUGCGAGUGAGUGCGCUGCCCGAGUCGAAUCGAUGCCCGUGUACCCUGUGUCGCCUCAGAAGGCGACGCGUCCAGAAUCAAAACGUUCUUUAUAGUCGCAUUGUGAUAACACGCCGGUGAGCAGGCCACAAAUCAAAAAGGAAUACACACGCUGUUGUUACGACUUGCGCUAAAAAGUCGCUUCGUUUUACUAUUUCUUUGCCAUUUUUCUUUAAUGUUUUACACAAUAGGGCAUCGACCUCUAGCAAAGCUUCGCUCGUACACUCGCAGUCAUCAGUUAUGACUCGGCUCAUUCUGGAAAUAGAAAAAAAAAACGAGCACUUGCAGCAGCAGUUUAUCUGGUAGUAUUCGCGUCGGACUAUUGUAAGCUGAGGAAAGAAGGAAGAAAGCCUCCGAGAUGGGUGGUAUAAAAGGCUCUAGUGUGAAGUGCAAUAACGUCGAAAGCGCGAGCACGUCAUCUCCGAGGACGUGCUGAAAAAAGGAAGAAGCCGCGAUCGUAGCUAGUCGAACAGAGUAUUUCUCCUAUCUGCCCUUUCUGACUGGUCGCAAGAGAUAAGAUAUUGACGUAUCUCUAGAACAAGAGAUAAGAAAACGUUCUAAAGUCUAAAACCGUCUUAAGAAAUAGACAAAUUAAUCUUACUGUGAAAGCCGCUGACCUGAUGGCCAUUACGCCCUUUAGUUUUUCUUUAUAUAAAUAACCUCGUCGAAUGUUUUAAUAAGAGCACGUGUGAAGUACAGAUUCAAUCAAGCUCAGAAACAUUGCAACUUUCUCACAAACUUGCUUUGCAAAUUUGAAGCCGCCGAGAGUAAAUUUCACCGUAAGAGUACGUGUAGAUUUAGCAGUUCAAAACGUUCGGCAGGAUUAGGACAAAAAACAGAAGUCUGAACUGAGUAUAGUGUUUGUCAAAACGUUACCGAUUAUGGGCCUUUCCUUUCGAAAGUGUUUAGCUCAGUGACAGCUUCCUUCGGUCAUGACGUCACUGUAGUGACGUAUACAGCGACGUCACCACGGUCACGUGUCACUGAUGCUUCCCAGUUGAGACGGUUAGUUCAAGGUCACAAUUCUAUAGAGAUAGAAAAUAAAAAACGUCGGUCAAAGAAAAAUUCAGAAAUCCUAUUCGUCGAUGUGAUCCCGCCAAUCGGGACAUUUCUGUAAAAACCCGAUCGCCGGCGCUUGUCGACAUCCGUCAUUAAUCACAACUCUCCGACAUGCCGGCAUAUAGAGAAUGUGUGUGUAUGACGGUGGGUGCCCUGAGACCGUGCACGACGAUUGGCGGCGACAUUGUUUGCGUACUUAUGUGGCCGUGUUCUGGAUUCGGGACUGAACCUGUUUUGUUCGCAUGUUGUGUAUGAUGGAUUACCGCUGCCUGUCUUGCGUUGUGCGUAUGUAUGCCCUCUCGCACGCGAAUCCCAUCUCUGCACACCACCCUCUCCCCAACUAUAUCUGAAUGCCGAGUCUACAGCGAAUUUGUCUUUGUUUUUGUUGUGUAUUUCGCCGAUAGAUUCGCUUCCGUACGCCUUUUACCGGUGCCUAUACGAACUAAGAAUGGUUCACGACACGCAGGCCUUCCCAGUCUGGUAUAGUUGCUAUAUUUUUUUCGCGUAAGCUACACUCUAAGAAAAGAUCGAGUAAAAAGGGCG